AUGGCGGCAGACAUGUUAAUGCUUGAAAACUUUAUUAACGGACAGUUCGUUCCUUGCAAAAGCCAUAUCGACAGCUAUGAUCCAUCAACGGGGAAAGUGUAUUGCAAGGUCCCCGACAGCGAUCAAGAAGAAGUGGAUAUGGCUGUCAAGGCCGCGCGUGAUGCUUUUGAAAGGUAGAGCACAGAAUCUUUUCUAGUUUUUUUCUGUUCUCGCGUAAGAGCGUCUUAUGAAGGCAACUCAGUCUCAAAAUGAUUGAAAAAACUUGUGCACAUUUUAAUUUGAUUGCUACAAAUCUUACCAAAUUAAGCUACGCUAUUAGCUCCAGUUAUCAGCUGUGUUUCAUCUGUUUGUUCGAUCCUUUGCUCCGAAAGCUCAUCUCACGUACAUUUCGAGGCUUCUACAAUAUUACAUUAACAGUACAGCCUAUGAAAAAUGGGUUGUCAUGGAAAAGAAAACGAGGUUUUAAAUUAUUUUGUUUCUUGUUCGUGUCAAGUACACACCCCCUUACCUCCCCCUUUGGGGCUCACUUCUGCAGUCCUUUUUAUGAUUAGCGCUAAUAUUACCACGACAACUCAGGUUUGGAUGACGGGUUUAAAGAAUCAUAUUGGGAACCCUCUUAAAAGUGUGAGUGCUCUCAGUUUCAGGCCACUAUUGGCACCACUCUGACAGGGGCCUUUCUAUUUAAUAGCCACACCCCACCCCCAUAAGGAUGAGGUAAGCUGACUUUAACCCCCCAAGAAAAGAAAAAGAUUAAAUGCACCGUCACAGUCCCACCCCCUUAGAAAUAAACAAUUUUUUCUUAACCCCUUCAGAAAGAUGGGAGUUUUUCUCAUACCCCUAGGAAGUACUUAAAAGAUCAUAAGAUGCCGACACAGCCACCCCCUAAGAAAUAACUUUCAAGACCCUCUCAGAAAAUCUGAUCCAUAGGGGGGUAUGGAUAUUAAAUGGAAUGGCCCCCUGUACAACGUAUUGUGAAAAAGUCAAUUUUUGUCGGGUGUCUAAGUUAUCUAGUAGAUGUGGUUCUUGGUAUUUUGUCGGUAAACUUUUUUUUUUGGGUGGGGAGGGGGGGGGAGUGUUAAUAUGGACAACGAAAAUGGUGACAAUUAUUGUGGAGAUAAUAUGUGACUGGUUUGAAAUCAUAUCAGUUGAUUUAUACCAGUCUCAUUUAAUAUGAAGCCCAUCUUUCUCUUAUCAGCUGGUCGAAAACCCCACCAGAGUUACGGGCAAAAAUCAUGAGGAAGAUUGCUGACCUUAUUGAAUCAAAGUUAGAUGAAUUUGCAGAGGCUGAGUCCAGAGAUCAAGGCAAACCAGUGUUACUUGCUAAAACAGUGGAUAUUCCACGUGCCUGCCUUAACUUAAGAUUCUUUGCUUCAACAAUAAUAAAUGCUUCAUCAAUGAACCAGUAAGUAUGUACAAAGAUAAGCAUAGUACAGUGAAAAAAGGGCCAAAGUUUUCUUCCUGUACCCUUUUUGAGCUAACCUGUUGCAAAAGACUAUGCUAAGUUAACAUUUCCAACCAGAGUCCUGUGCCGAUGUCUGCUUGAACGGUGUCACUGUAGUGCAUAAUUAUGAGGACUCCAUUGGACAGGGUUGACCUCGCCUGUUCCAGGGGCAAAGAAAAGUGAGCAGGAAAAGCAUUUAGAGGGCUAUUUUUUCCACUCUCUGCCUUUAAUUCUACACUCCACUACUGCAUGUCUGGAAAAGACUAGAAAAGUCCUAGUUUUACUGACUGUCUGCUUGGCUGGAGUAGCAUUGCAUGUGGUACUGAGAAGCCUACAUGUAGACGCAGGGUGUGGCUACAUGUAGGCUAGUGGUGACAACACCAAUAUGGGAGUGACAGACUCUGUUGCAAAAGUUCUGUUAAAACAUUAUGGUUCCUGAUUUGUUAAAAUAUUAUAGUGCUCCUUUUCACUUGCCUGCUUAUUUAUCACAGUGAGUUUAAAAACUACACUCACCGUCUGGUGACCAUGAAUACGCUUAUCUUCAUUACAACCCUGGAAAAGGAAACCAAGAGUCUCUCCAUCAUGGCGAGUCUCUGAUUUUUUUACUAUUUGCCAUACCUUCAGAUAAAAGAAUAUUACAAAUUUUUCUUGCAGCUCCAAUGUUUUAAACAAGGUGGGUGCUGUAAACUACUGUGUCAGGUGUCCAAUAGGUGUGGCUGGUCUCAUCUCCCCAUGGAACCUGCCCUUGUACCUCUUAACAUUUAAGAUUGCCCCUGCUAUUGCUGCUGGCAAUACUGUUGUGUGUAAACCAAGUGAGAUGACAUCUGUUACUGCAUGGAUGAUGGCUAAGCUAAUGAAUGAAGCAGGUGGGCAUUUAAUUGCUUCUGUAUUCAUUGGUGUUUUAAGGCCACCUUUAUGGACCUCAACUUUGUCUUGUGUAUAAAAAAAAAAUAAAUAAAAAUAAACUUGUUCAGCACCCAGCCAUCUUGACCUCAUGUUUGGUUAAUAUAAUACAGGGCUGUCAAAAAGAUUUUAAGUAGCAGGCUAAUAAUGAAUAGUAGGCGGCUUUGGAACUCACACCAAAGGCACAAGUUCUUGAGGGCCGAUGCAUCUAGGGACAUUUUGAGAUUAAGAGUCUCGGAAAUGGUGUUUCCAGGGGUUUUCAAGUGGUAUUUUCCACCGUGGACAGUAUGUUGUUUCAUCAGAAUACACGCAAGACUGAGAACAAUGCCAUCAAAAUUUCCCAGGCAUUCCACGUCAUAACAUGCCUUUAACGUUUCAAAGAUCUAAAACUUUUUAAAUAUGCGUUCCAUGACAUUCAAAACUGGGAAACAUAUGUGUUAUAAUUUUAUCCAAAGGUGCUUAUUUUUUGUUAGCAGUUAUGGUAGAAGGAGAUGAAAGUAGCCAGCUAAGGAUGGCUGACUAGCCGGCAGUUUUGGCCGGCUACCAGCCCUUAUUGACAGCCCUGAUAAUAUAUAUCGCAUAUUUAUUUAUUGUGUGUUUGAAAACAGGACUCCCCCCUGGAGUAUGUAACCUGGUGUUUGGAACAGGACCUAAGGCUGGAGCUGCAAUUGUGAAGCACCCCGAUAUUCCAGUCAUCUCAUUCACUGGUUCCACAGCCACUGGUCAGACAAUUACACAAAUGAGUGCUCCAUUCUACAAAAAGCUUUCAUUGGAGGUAAGUACUGACAGAGUCAUCUCUCUCUACGUAAGAUAAUUUACCGAGGGGGAAGGGGGGGGGGGGGGGGGAGGGACUCCCAUAAAAAGAGACAAGGAUGCUCCUUCAGUUUUGAAUUAACACUCUAGAUGAGACUAAUUAGGACGGGGCUGAGGCUGCUUUGAUCCCCUAAGAGAUACUACUGACAAUACUAAGAAGAUUACCAUUUCUACAGUAAUUAUUUCUUCACUUGCAACCCCAUUAUCAAGACUCAAAAGCUAUCAGACGUCUUAAAUCCAGAAAUAUUAUUAAUGCCUCAAAAGGGUUCUAUGGGUUCCCCAUCCCCCCCCCCACAGGUAAGAGGAGCACUUUUGACGCCAGCACUGAGGGUCUCUAAGAAAGGUCUAUGAAAUGCAUGCAGGGGUCAACCCAGCCUGCCCAGCCUGGUGUUGAUUUUAGGGAGGUAAUGGUUAACCCUUUUACUCACAAUGAUGGGAAAAAUCAAAAUUCAACAACUUUGCCAGAUUAUAUUUUCUAGAAUGCUAAAAAACAAAUAGCACCAUGUGCGUGAAAUGCCAAAGUUUUCACACCAAAGGGUUUUGUCUCAAAAGUUAGAGCCACCUUAUAAGACACUGGCCAAUCAUUCAUUCCCAAGAUGGGAGUGGAAAGGUCAAGAGAGGGUUGACUUCACAUUGUUAAGGUGGUAUUAAUUUAAAAUAUAAUUGGUUAUUUACCUUUCUUGUGUAUAAAAAUGGAAAUAAUAAUAAAAACAAUGCAUAAAAUAUCCUAGAUCAUCAUACUAUGCACAUAUUGAUUAUUCAAAUCCCUUUUCUUUAUUUUACUUUGCAUUCUAGCUUGGAGGGAAAAAUGCUGCCAUUGUUUUUGAUGAUGCGGACCUAGAAAAGUGUUUAGCAACAACUAUCAGGUCUGAUGGCUUAUUGUGGUUUGAAAGCUAGCGUUAGAUUUUUUUACCACACUGUAUGUCUUGGUACUAAGUAUUCAGCAAUUAUGUGUGCUCUUAUUGCAGGUCCAGUUUUGCCAAUCAAGGAGAAAUUUGCCUUUGUACUAGCAGAGUUUUUGUUCAAAAAGGAAUUUUUGACAAAUUUUUGGAAAAAUUUGUCGAGAAGACAAGGUAAUCAUGGGUGGAUUUAGGGAUGGGGCUGAUGGUAUUAUGCUCGGAUCCCCUUUUUCUGUGAUAUGUUCUAUUAUUUUGAAAGAAAAGUAGUUAAAUAAAAAAGUAUCUAGUGUCCCCACCACCCUUUUCUGGAUUUUCUGGAUCUGCCCCAAGUAAUAAAUUUAGCACUAGUUUGUUGAAAAUAGUAGUAAACUUUUAAAUAUAUACACAGAAAAAGUGUGUAGUGAACCACAGAUCCUAGUAUAAUGAAACAGACCUUUUUAGCUUGUAUGUUUUGUUUUCCCAUUUCAGACCAUGUGAUGGUACCCCAUAGAACUGUUCCUUUCAAAUGUCAUCCUGUGCACUUGCAUCCACGCAUAUAUCUGUGUAUAAUUUAUGAAAAGACAAAAGCCAAAUUCCCUGGAGAACAUCACGUGGUCUGAAUUGGGAAAACAAAACAUACAACCGAAAAAGGUCGAAUGAGUAUAAGUGAUUUAGAAAAAGACACAAAAACUACCGAUAAUAAUAAAGUCAUACCAGCUAGACCAUUUCACCCAACAAAAUGAUCAAGCACUUAAGCUAUAGAACUAAAAAAAAUGAAAUGUGUGUACACACUUGUUUAAUAUUGUGUAGAGUUUCCUUUGUUAAGCUCAAACUAUACAUCAAAGAAUAAUUCCUUACUACUAGUGAGUGCUUAAACUCCUUUUUCUUCAGACAGCUUCAAGUUGGCUCUCCAAAAGAUCCAGGCACAAAUCUUGGGGCACUGAUAAGCAAAGAUCACUUAGCUAAGGUAUUUUUAAUUUGCACAUAAAUGCAAACCUAAUAUUGUACAUAAUAAUCUCAAGUAAUCUGUCAAACUGUGACUGUCAGGUAAGCAGUCUAACGCAAGAUCACAGAUGAUUCAAUCAUCCUGAGAAACAUUUUUGCAGGUAAUAAUUAAAAAUAGAAUAUAAAUUUGUGUCAUUCUUAAUGUUCUUAAUUUUCAAGCCUGUUGCAGGCAUUCAGAUAGUGAAAGGCAGCGUGAGGUUGGAGAGCGGGAAAAAAAUAAGGAAGAGGAGAGGGGGAGAGGAGGGAACACUCUCACCCCCUACCCCACCCCAUCACCGUUUUUUUCUGCACUGUCCCAUCAAUAAUGACACCUGGAAGAGGCUGUUAGUUUUCUUAAUAGUUCUAAAACUCAGUGGUGCACCAUUUUAAGAGGGGUAUCAGUUGAGUGUAUUUUUUAUACAGUUUCUGAGUAUGCUUCAUUUAGGACCAUCUAGAUCAACCACACUUAAAAUUGCCUACGGUAAUUCCUGCAAAAUGCGUAUAGUUUAAAUAACCUUUUCAAUCCCCUGAGGAAAUUGUUGGACAUAAUUACUACUUCUUUGAACUGCUCCCCUCCUUGGUAGAUUUUGAAGAGGAAUUGCGGUGUAUUGAAUAAGUUUUGUUGUUAUAUUUUACAGGUGCUUGGAUACGUAAAACUUGCAGUGAAUGAAGGUGGGGAAAUUGUUUGUGGCGAAGGAAAGGACCCGCCAUUGAAUCUCCCCAGCCCGCAUACAGAGGUAUAGUUCAUUGAGUACUAGUAGAUGGUUCACCAAUAUUUCUUCAAAAAAUCAUUCCUACAAAGGUUAAAAUUGUCCGACAGUAUCAGCAGAGCAGAUACAUUUAAUUAGCUUGGUGUGAUAUUUAAGGAUAUGUUGUUGCUUCUGAAUUGGACUGUUUAUGUGCUAUAUUGCAGGGAUACUUCAUGCAUCCCACAGUAAUCACUGGUUUAGCUGAUAGCACUCGCUGUAUGCAGGAGGAAAUAUUUGGUCAGUGAUUACUUUCAUCAAUGUCCCCCUUUGUAAUUUUUUUUGGAUAAUUAAUAUGAAGGCCGACUUAAUUAUUCUUUACAUCAAUUUUUGUCCGUAGGACCUGUGGUUGCAAUUGUACCAUUUGAAACUGAAGAAGAGGUUUGUGCUUUAUAAUUGAAGAAAUGAGUUGUUUCUGCUCCUAUCUUUGAUUGUUCUUCGAUUUUUUUUUGGAUUUUCCAAUGUGUUUCCUUUCUUCUGCAGAACCAUCAUAUACUGUUUCCGAUUCAAAUUAAGCCUGCGCACUACUGUAGUGUCAAAUGAAAGAGGACAGGGCAGUGGGUGGAGAAGUGCCAUGAGGAAAAGAGAGAAGGAACUUCCUAUCCCCAUUUCCCCGUCCUCCUUUUUACCCUUGUGUUUUUUGUUCCAGUUUGCUAAUACUGCUACUUUUAUCAAACUGAUUGUUUCUUUCAAUUUCAUUUUUUUUUUAUCCCUAUAGCCCCUCUGGAAGGUAACCAUCGCAAUAAAUAAACUACUGUUCUUUAUUAAAAUCCUUGAAAUUAUGUUGUAGGCAAAUCAGAGCUAAGUGGUGCUCGAGUGACUAAAAGCCAGGGGGGAAAAAACAGCAUAUUUUUUACUUUCCUGCAAGGGACCACUUGGCCCGGGGGGGGGGGAGGUGUACUCCCCUAUAAAAGCGACCAGGCCGCUGGUCGUACGUUUUACGGGUGUAAAUUUAUGGAUUGGUACCACUUAGGGUGCUAAAACCUAAAAUAACUACUGCCAGAGUUGUCUCAGUACCUUUUAGGGGGAUUGGGAAAGGUUAUCACCCAUUAGGAUAAAGAUUUAUGACACUAAUUUCAAAAAGUCCUUGAGAGGAAAGUGUUCGAAAGUUAUCUUUAUUGCUUUUUAAAUUUGCAGUGCCAGUUAUAUAAUUUGUUGUUGUUGAAUUGGUACCUCUUAGGGGUGGAAAUGAAUUUGGGACAUGCCCAUAAAACAGAUUCUGGUACCUUUUAGGGGUGUUUUCGAAAUUUUCUGACCAGCACCCUCGUCACUUUCAUAGGGGAGUACCUACCCCGGCCCAACUGGUCACAGUCGUGUAAAAAUUUAACCUCUCCUUUUCACUUUUUUCAGGUCAUCAAGCGAGCUAACGGUGUGCAGUAUGGAUUAUGUGCAGUAGUUUGGACAGAGAAUGUCUCCAGAACACACCGUGUGUCACAGCAAUUACAGGUAUCGUUACGUAACUUGUGGUCCUAUGACCCUCAUUGUGUAGCCUGUUAGAAAGCUCUCCGGGGCUCUCUGGUGGUGGAGCGAAGCAGGAUAUCAUUGUGAAGAGUGAAGACAGAACCCUGAACUUAAAGUCUCUCUCUUUGAUUUAAAUGGAGCGGUUGUUUCUACUAGAAAAGACUUGAAAAGAAAGGUACCUUCAGAGGUAGUCCACUUUUCCGGUUUUAGCCAAGAUAACUGGCACUAAUUGUUUCAAUCUUUAAACUUCUCUACUCAUAAACACGAAAAAAAGAAAAAGAAAAAAAAGCGCUUUAUUUGAGUGUCAAUGUAUUUAGCACGAAAGUACUAAUUGGGGACACUAUUUUUACGUUACCUACAGGAAACGGGACCUCCAUUUUACGUGGUCAUACGAGCCACGCGAAGGUACAACCGCUUGCAGUAGAAAGGCAGUACCUUCAUUUCUCAGUCGUUUUAAGACCCUGAGUAAUGGUCCGGCCCCGGGAAUCGAACCCGCGACCUCCCGCUCUGCAGUCGAGCGCUCUAUCAACUGAGCUAAUCCUGCCGCGGUUAAAAAAUUCCCAUCCCUCUUGUCUUGCAGACGCGUUUCUGUUUGACUUUCUCUGUUCAUAUUGCGGAAUGGUUAUCAGCAGGGGUGGGGCCUCUCAGAUACAGAGCGGAGCAAGGACAGAAGAAUUUAAAAAUAACUAACAUAAAAUAAAGACGAGGUACUUACGUGGUUAUUAUUGGUGUAAUUUCAGGCGGGAACAGUUUGGUGUAACUGUUGGCUGGUUCGUGACCUCAACAUGCCGUUCGGGGGGUUCAAGGCGUCCGGAAUUGGAAGAGAAGGAGCUACAGAGUCGUACGAGUUUUACACAGAAGCCAAAACAAUCUGCAUUAAAAUGUAA